GCUUGGAAAAGUGAAAAUAAUCAAAGUUCCAUUUGGAUUUUUUAUAUUGUUUAUAUUAACAUGUGGAUUGAUCUUUAUCCUAACAAGUAUGUCAAUGCUGUAUCUCCAAAUGGAAUAUAAUCAGUUCUUACACUUGAAACUAUUCAAAGAGCAAGUCUCAAAUUUAAACUUGAAGAUAUUUGAUGCGAUAUAUGAUCAGAGAAAAGAUAAGUAUGUGUCGAAUGAGACAACCCCCGACGCUGGAGUCAUUAGGAUGAUUUUAAAAGAAGCCAGAAUCGACCUCAUUGAAAGGAAACGUGCUGCAGAAAUCAGUGAAUUGACCGAUAAGAGGCUUCUUAGGGAAUAUAACCAUGCAGAGUACAAAAUGCCAUGGCCACCUCGAGUGUUUUACAAUCGUCUACCUAAAUGUGGAUCAACAACUCUUUUGAGAUUAAUGACGGUGCUGUCGAGAUAUAAUAACUUUACGUUAGAGAAGAGUGUGCAGUGGACGGACAGUUUGGAUGAGGGAAAACAGAUGUGGUUGGUAGACAAGUUCUCCAAGUUUACCAUACCAUUCCUCUUCGAGAGACACACCUACUUUGUAAACUUCACAAGAUUCAAUCAGCCCAUGCCAGUGUAUAUUAACCUAGUCAGAGACCCACUGGAGAGACUUGCGUCGCUUUACUACUUCAAGCGAAAUACAGGGCUCUUAAACGUGUACUAUACUGAUGAGCAAAGGAACAGGACAUUUGAAGAGUGCAUAGUAGAUAAUGAUCCAGAAUGUAUGGGACACAACGAAACACACACCCUUGUGAGUUACUUUUGUGGACACGACUCCUUAUGCAGUUUGAAGAGUCGCGAGGCCUUACACCAAGCAAUGAGGAAUAUAGUGAAUCACUAUGCCGUGAUAGGACUAAUGGAAGACUAUCGGAGAUCUCUCAGACUAUUCGAACAAAUCCUUCCAUUCUAUUUCACAGGGGUGACUGCACUGUAUGAUGCAUUAAGUGAAUACCAUGAGUUUGAAAACUCCCAUGAACUCCCAGGCGAGAAUACUCGCUCAACCAUCCUUGACAAGUUGAGUUUGGAAUAUGAACUUUUUAGGUUCAUCAAGCAGCGAUUCUAUUAUGCUCAGGAAAGGUUGGGUUUAUCCUAAUAUUGAACAUCUAAAAUACAUUUGUAUUCUGAAAG